AUGUUAAGAAAUCAAAUAACAGGAAAAUUAGAAGCUGUUGGAGAUACAGUAGAACCAUUUCAUUUUAUUUUACAUCCAAAAGAUGAACAAAAUUUAACUCGUGAAGAUCAAGAUAAAGGAAAAGAAUUAUAUUCACUUUUAGUUCAACAUGAAAUUAUUCAAAGAGAUACAAUAAGAAAAAUAUUUCGAAAUAAUUCACAAGAACGAGAUAAAAUAGAAAAGAUAAUUCGAAAUGAUCUUGAUCCUUCGAUUGCCGACUCAUUAAUUAGUUUAUUAAAUAGUAAAUCUUAUUUUGAAAAAAAGGAUUUCGACGAUAUUGUUUGUUAUAGUGAAGAAUUAUGGCAAAUUUUAAAUAUAAAUAGAAUAGAAAAAGAAUUACCACAGAUAUAUGAAAAUAAAGGAAAAUAUGCGAAAAUUAAAUUUAAUGAUAAUGGUCAUGAAACAAAAGAUCUUAAAACAUUUUUAAUAGAAUUAAAAGAUAAUAUUAGUCAACAAAAUCAAUAUUUUUAUCAAACAGAUUUACCAUUUACUACUAACGAAGAAGAAGGAAAUAAUAUUCGAAUUUAUCUAAAAGAAAAAAAUAUUUUAAAGUCUGAUGAACUUGCCAAAUAUAAAUAUGGAGAUAUUAAAAGAAAUAUUGAAAGAAUUUUAAAUAAAAUUUUAAAAAAUACUCAAUUUGAAAAUGAUAAAGAAUUAAUUUUGUCUUUACAAGGAGAUAUUCGUUCAUUUAAAAAAGGUUUAAAAGCUAAUUUAAAAGAUUUUAGAGAUCUUCAAGAUCAAGAAAAUGUUCCCAAAGAUAAAUCUUGGUGGGAUUGGAAUGCUUUUGCCGUUGCAAUGAUAGGACUUGUUCAAGUCAUUGCCGAAGCUGUUUUAGUAGCCUUUGGUUUGACUCAGAUAGGCAAUGCUUUAAUAUCAGGUAUUUUUAAUACGAAAGAAUGGGCAAUACAAAAAGCAAUUAGCUUCGGUCUCUCUAUGUUGACUGUUGGAAUUGGAAAGUUUUUGACGGAUAAAAUUAUGGAACAGAUUCAAGAAAAUGUUUAUACAAAAGAUUGUUAG